GGACAGCCGGCGUACGCUGUUUAUCGAUCGCACGUGAUCGUCGAGGCAAUAUUGUAAUAUUCAUAUUCACGGUCGGCUUAUUCUUACUGUCGUCGUACUAUUUCGUUCAGUCACUACAACUGCUUUCGCCGAUUUCGGACGAAUAAGAAAAUAAGUUCAAUCUCGCGGUAAAAAAUUAACUAGGUACAAUUUAUCCAAUUUAGGUACCUACAACCACGGACAGCACUACAUCACAAUACUGUACACUGCGCCUACGGUCAAUCCGAGUAUUUCCGCACAGGUAAUAAUAUUGUUUAUGCUCCGUUCCCUGGAAAGUAAUUGAAAAUAAAUCAAAAAUGGAUUCCGAAACGUUCAGAGAAUGUGGGAAGAUGGUCAUCGACUACAUUGCAGACUACUUAGACAACAUCCGAGACAGGCCCGUCUUGUCCACCGUCAAACCGGGAUAUCUUUAUGAAUUAGUGCCGCCCGAGGCUCCGAUUAAAGGUGAAGAUUGGAAGACGGUGUUGGCCGACGUGGAGAACAUAAUCAUGCCUGGCAUUACACACUGGCACUCACCGCAGUUUCAUGCGUAUUUCCCGACCGGARACUCUUAUCCUGCCAUCAUCGGUGACAUGCUGAGCAGCGGAAUCGGAUCUAUAGGAUUUUCUUGGAUUACGAGUCCAGCGUGUACCGAACUCGAAGUGCAAGUUAUGAAUUGGUUUGGGAAAAUCUUGGACUUGCCGAAAGAAUUUUUGAACGAGUCCAAAGGGCCCGGUGGUGGCGUCCUUCAGGGUAGUGCCAGCGAAUCCACAUUCGUGUGCCUGUUAGCAGCCAAAGACCGCACGACGAAACGAAUCAAAUCACUCCACCCGAAUAUGACCGACGGUGAAAUCAAGGCAAAACUGGUAGCCUACACUUCCGAUCAGUCCAAUUCGAGCGUGGAGAAAGCCGGUCUCUUGGGAUCGAUGCCAAUGAGGAUGCUCAAGGCGGACAAGAGCGGUCGGAUGACCGGGUUCAUACUAUCCGAAGCCAUAGCUGAAGAUGUCUCCAAAGGGUUGAUACCAUGUUACGUGGUCGCCACGUUGGGAACCACUGGCAUUUGCGCGUUUGACAAUUUGGAGGAGCUCGGGCCCAUCUGCAACGAAAACAACAUUUGGCUGCACGUCGACGCCGCUUACGCAGGUGCCGCAUUCGUGUUACCGGAAUACAGAUAUCUGAUGGCGGGAGUGCAAUUUGCGGACUCGUUCGACGUCAAUUUGCAUAAGUGGCUCUUGGUGAACUUUGACUGUUCAGCCUUGUGGGUGAAGAACUCAACUUAUUUAGUUGAUGCGUUUAACGUGGACCGAGUUUACUUGAAKCACCGCUACCAGAGUCUGGAUCCCCAAGUUCCGGAUUACAGACAUUGGCAAAUACCGUUGGGCCGAAGGUUCAGAUCAUUGAAAAUGUGGUUCGUGCUAAGACUGUAUGGCGUGGAGGGUCUACAGGCACACAUCAAAAAGCAGGUUCAAUUGGCUGACUUAUUUGGGAAGUUCGUCAACCARGACCCAAGGUUCGAAGUCGUUACCGUCACCAUGGGACUGGUUUGCUUUCGAUUGAAGGGUGACAACGUCUUGACAAAAAACCUUCACGAGCGACUGAUGGCGAGUGGACAAAUAUACCUGGUCACGGCCACCGUCCGGUCGAGGUUGGUCAUACGGUUUGUGGUCUGUAGCCGACUGACGGAAGAAGUCGACGUGCAGUUCGCGUGGAACGAGAUACGCGCGCAGGCUGACCGCGUGGAAGGUGAACGCGACAUGGUGCCCACAAACAUUUGCAACAGCCGUACAGGAGCGUGGCCUAAAGACAAGGCGGACUGCGAGGAACUCACCGCUGCCACUCCAAUUGUAGUCAAGUCUCUGACCAAAGGAUGAGUUUAGAUUAGAUAUAAUAAUAUAUAGGUAGUUAUUGUAUUCAUAAUAUUAUAUAUUAUACACUCAUUGGUGUCGUUAUUAUUUAKGAUUGAGACGUAUGAGACGCAUCGUUAACGUCAUUUCGAUUAAGUAUCUAUAUUAUGUACUGUAUUUACGUAAAAAUAAAAAUAUUCAAGACAUUUUGUUCUGAAU